AUGUACCUCCAUGAGGAACAUGUUCGCGCAGGCUCUGUCAAGAAGCGUCUCAAAUGGCACUACUGCCAGAAUACCACUGAGGCUAACCCUACAGAGGGUGACACAGAUGCCUUUGGUGAUGAUUCCCAGCAGAUGAGCAAUGAAGUUUGUGAGCACAGAGGGAUACAGCAAAUUGCUGCACACUUGAUUCAAGCUGUUGAGGAUGAAGAGACAUUCACCAUCUCUGAGAUUACAGAGGCAGCUACCAAUCCAUCAGACUUCCAGCGAAUUCCUAUCAAGGAUCUCUUUGAUUUUUCUCGUGCUCAAGAUUGGCUAGGAUCCUUCUACCAAACAGCCAUACGAGGCUUAGAUGCAGAGGUUGAGUUAUAUGAGCUGUUGGAUUUGGAUGCCAAUGGUAUUGAUGACCCAGAAUUUCCGCAGGCAGAUGAGAUUUUGGACGAGUAA